GCUCGUUAUCAGCUGGCCGUGCUCUGAAAUACCGGGCUGAGCCUGCUUCCUGCGCCCCUUCCUCUUCUCCCUGAGCAGAACUAUGGAUCCGAGCUUGCUGAGGGAGCGAGAGCUCUUCAAGAAGCGUGCCCUCUCCACGCCGGCGGUAGAGAAACGCCCAGCGCCAUCUUCCGACUCCUCGUCCUCGAAAAAGAAGAAAGCAAAGGUAGAGCAAGGUGGCUCGUCGAGCUCGAAGCAGAACGCAGAUCACAGCAAUGGAUCAUUUAACCUGAAAGCCCUUUCAGGAGGCUCUGGCUACAAGUUUGGAGUCCUUGCUAAGAUAGUGAAUUACAUGAAGACUCGGCACCAGCGUGGUGAUACGCAUCCAUUAACCCUAGAAGAGAUUUUGGAUGAAACACAGCAUUUAGACAUUGGACUCAAACAGAAGCAAUGGUUAAUGAGCGAGGCUCUAGUCAACAAUCCGAAAAUAGAAGUUGUAGAUGGGAAGUAUGCUUUCAAACCCAAGUACAACUUGAAAGAUAAAAAGGCUCUGCUCAGGCUCUUGGACAAGCAUGACCAGCGAGGGCUGGGAGGAAUCCUUUUAGAAGACAUUGAGGAAGGGCUACCCAAUGCACAGAAAGCCAUAAAGGCUUUAGGGGACCAGAUCAUCUUUGUUAAUCGCCCCGAUAAGAAGAAAAUUCUCUUCUACAAUGACAAGAGUUGUCAGUUUACUGUGGAUGAAGCGUAUUGGGCCAUGUAUCGUGAGCUCUAAUAAGAAGACGGAUCACUUGUGUUUGUAGCAGAGCAUCUCAAGAAAAAGGCCACUGUCAUGUAAAAGCUGCUACCAGUUCUCUCUUCUGCUCCAUCUGCUGUACGCGUGCCUGUCAUAUACAUCUUAGAGAUCUGCCGUGCAUCUCUUCAGGUCUCACAGGACUCGUCUGUGCAAAGCCAAAGGCAGCAUAGCGCAGUGCAACCUGAAAGUAUCUCUAACUGGGAUCUCUUAAAUAUUCAUCUGUUUAUGGGCAGCACUUAAUGCAUGAAUCACAGAAACGGGUGGUUUGGAGCACGGUUUCUCACACAGUACGAUACAGCAUUUGCACAGCCAGCGUGUGAUCCCUCUUUCCAACCACCACCAGGUUUCAGGGUCCUGCUUUGUCCUGUUUGGGUGCUCAAGACAGGGAGAGGGCAUGAACAGAAAGGAAACAGCUUGAAAGAGCUUGUGCUGCUCAGUCCAGAGGACAUGCUAGGACCCUUGCUCAAGCUGCUGCUGUUAAGACUUUCAUCUGAAAGCUCGUCUCUGAGAAAUGUCUCUUGUGUGUUCAGCUUUGAUCAUAACGCAACAUUUUCCACCUGCUGCAACAGGAUUAGGUGAGAGAUGAUCUGUGAUAGCAGGCACCAUAAGAUAUGCCAAAAGCCUGGAAUCACACCCAAAACGGAUGAGGAGACAGAAUGUCUUGACUACAGUGUCGUCACUCCCUGCAUUAAGUUACCUGCAGAUUGCUGUCUCAAUGGUCCUGUUGUGCUGCGUAGCCCGAACGGGAAAGCACUAUCUCCAUGAAACCAAAAGCGGUAUUUUGACAGGAUUCAGCUCUCUUCGAAAGCGCAGUGUUACCAAAAAUGAAUGUUGUUGUUCUCCACUGGCAAAAUUCCUUUCUUUUGUUUCCUGGGAAGCUUGAACAGCCCCUUGCUGUUGGUAAUGGGAAGGGAAAGAACGAGCUGAGACUAAAAGCAUGUGCUUUCCUAGAAAAACAAGAUGCGUUAGGAAGGGAAUAGGUCCAGGUGCAGGAAGGAAUUCUGUCGCAUACGCCUUCUUCACGCUGCUGUUCUGUUGCAGUGUGUCCAGAGUCAGUGUAUCUGUGGCAGAUCGUCGCUGGAGUGUUUCAUUGCCUGCUGCACAGGACAACUUCUUACGCAUGCAGAAGUUGUGGUUGUUUUGACAACUGUAUACUAAAUUUGUCUGGAAAUAAAGGGAAAAAUUUAGUCUUGCGUUGC